CCUUUUAAAACUCUCUCUCCGCGUUUCUCUCUCUAGGGUUAGGGUUUUCUUUUCCUCCUCAAGAGCUUCAUCUUUGAAAAAUUUCCGAGAGAUCAAAAGAAAAGACGAGGAAUUCUCCCGUUUAAUAGCUUGAGGUCAGCCAUGGCAUGAAUUCAACUUUUUUUUUUUUUCUCUCUAUCGAUUGAAGUACUGAGACAAACCUCCACUUUACCAGUCUGAUUCUUGAAAGGUUUGAAGCUAUGUAUAGUGAAGGUGUUCCUGAGUUUGUUAUUGAUCAGGGUUUGUAUUAUCCUACUGCCACCAAUUAUGGGUAUUAUUGUACAGGAUUUGAUUCGCCCGGCAAUUGGGAUGACCACCAAAGAGUUUUUGGUCUGGAUGGUCAAGAAAUUUAUGCGGGUGCACAAAGUGAAAGCUUUCCUUAUGUAUAUUAUACACCUAGCUAUGGGUAUGCACAGUCUCCAUAUAACCCGUAUACUCCUGGUGCUGUGGUAGGAGUUGACAGUUCAUAUAUGGGGACUCAGCAGUACUACACCAUCCCCUCUUAUGAAAACCCCGAGUCUACACAAUCAUAUUUCCCAAUGGUAGUGCAAAGUGAAUCCGAUAUUGUGGCAAACAGUAAAACCCCAUUCCUUGAUAGUUCCUUUUCUACUACUAAUUUAGCUGAAAGCCAUGGUCUUAAGCAUAAUUUUUCUUCAUUGUCUCCAAUGUUCAUCCCAACUUCAUUAGGGCCUUCUUCUAGUCAAACUAAUACUUUUAUGAGGAGUUCAGAUGGUUUUAAAUCUGUUCCUGGGUCAAGUAAGCAUCCUGCCCCGCAUGGAGUUGUUCCUUCUGAUUCUUUCUCUAAUCCAUCUUCAAAGGGUAAAGUUGCUCAAGCUCUAGGAGGUGUUUCGCAUGGAAAAGCACCAUCUAAUCAUGCUCAGUUAAGGGUUUCACUUCCAUCUGAUAAUGGAUUGUCAAACUUCCGACCAAUGCGUCAUGAUGGAGCCAGCAUAGAUAAGUUUCAGCCCAGGUUUUUGCAUGGAAGAGUACCCAGUGAUGUAAAAGUUAGUCCGGAUGCAUCUACCGGACAGAAUCUAGUACCCCGGAUCAACAAAUUGAAAAUUCCAUUGGUUGUUAAGGCCUACACUACAAGGGCUGGAGAUGUUGAUUCACAAGGAAAUAUCACUAUUUGUAGAGAUCAGUAUAAUAAGGAUGGUUUUCUGAUGGACUUUGUGAAUGCCAAGUUCUUUGUUAUUAAAUCAUACAGUGAAGAUGAUGUGCACAAGAGCAUUAAGUAUAAUGUUUGGUCGUCUACACCCAAUGGGAACAAGAAGCUAAGUAAUGCUUAUGAAGAUGCUCAGAGGAUGGCUGCUGGGAACUCAAAAGGGUGUCCAAUCUUCCUGUUUUUUUCAGUUAAUGCAAGUGGUCAGUUCUGUGGUGUUGCGGAGAUGACUGGCCAUGUAGAUUUCCACAAAGACAUGGAUUUCUGGCAGCAAGAUAAAUGGAGUGGUAGUUUCCCUGUGAAAUGGCAUAUGGUGAAGGAUGUGCCCAAUUCCAACUUUAGGCACAUCAUUUUGGAAAACAAUGAGAAUAAGCCAGUGACCAAUAGCAGAGACACACAAGAGAUACAUUACAAGAAAGGAAUGGAGAUGCUUAAAAUUUUCAAAAGUUUUGCAUCUAGAACAUCCUUAUUUGAUGACUUCUUGUUCUAUGAAAGUAGAGAGAAGAUAAUGCAAGAAGAUAGAGCCAAGAUUCUAAUCAGGAGCUAUGAAAGUCCAUUUCUUGUACCUGUAUUAGAUCCUCCCCGCAAGCUAAAUUCCAUUUUUGACAUGCCCUCUAGUGGAGGUGAGAAAAUAUACAAGCAUGUUGAUACAAGGAUGCCUGGGAGUAGUUUAGGAGCAGUUACUGAAGAGGUCAUAGUUUCUACAAUCAACAAAAGUGUUGCCAGUGAGAGUGAGAAACCUGUGGGAGAUGAGAAAAUGACCAGCAAGUCUGGGAGUAGUGUGGCGGCUGUUUCUGCAAAGCAGGUUACCAUUGCAAGUGAAGGAGGAAGUGAAAGAAGUGUGGCAGAUGAUAAAAUAUCAAAGAACGGUGACCCCAAGAAAUCUGGGAGUGGUGUGAUGGCUGUGGCUGCAGAGCAGGCCCCUGUAGUUUCUAAAACCAAUAAAACUGUUGCAAGUGGAAGUGAAAAAAGUGUGGUAGAUGAGAAAAUAUCAAACCAUUGUGAUCCCAAAAAGCCAGUUAGUGAUGUGUUUGCUGUUCCUGCAGAGCAGGGGGUUUCCGUAGUACCUAAAAUCAACAAAACCAUUGCAGACGAAGGUGAAAAAAUUGUGUCAGGUCGAGGGACAGGCAUUGAUAGUGUAUUGAAGAUUGGUUCCCUCACUAUCAAUGCAAAGCAGCCCAAGUCCGAGCCUCAUGAGUCUGUUUCUACAACUAAUACUACCACAGUCAGCAACCAACCAGUUGAUGUCGUCACAGUAGGGUCUAUGCCCAUCAAAGUAAAUGCCUAUGCUGAGCCUUCUGGUUUUCUAACAGUUGGAUCUAUUCAACUUGACCCCAGAUCUCUCCGGUCUAAUGAGUCUAGUAGUUCUGGAAAAAGUACAUCUCGGAAAGUUUGAUGCGUGCUACAAUCUGUUAACUUGAAUGUUGGCAAACGGGAUGUGAUGGGGUACUGCUUGACCCCGGAGAGUUAGUGCUUGAUAUUCACUUACCAUCGGGGUCUAUGGUUGUAGAUCUUGAAAUCUUCAAAACAUAUUUUAUUUAGUUUUAUUCUGAAAGGGGAGGGGCAAUUGGCGGUGGAUCUAGGUUGUUUUGGCUGCCAUUGCUUAAACGGAGUAUGAGUUUCUUUCACCUUUGGUUUUCCAACCAUUUAAAGAUACACCAGAAAACAUGAAAUGAGCAAGAAAAAAGGAAAAAUUAGACUAGGUUUUGGCUUCCAUAUGGAUAUUGGUCUUUUGUUAGGUGGACAACUGAUUGACAAAAAAAAAAAGUAUACUUGGCUUCUUUUAUUGGCAAUGUAUUUGAGCUAUUGACUUAUCAUGAAAAUUGAAAUUCCCUUUCUGGUCU